AUGCUGUGCUGGGGGAAUGCCAAGGACGGGCAGUUGGGUAUUGGUGUGGAGAAGAACCCUGUGUUUGAGCCGAGGAACUGUCAUUUGUUCAGUGGCAGGGGACUGAAAGAGGUCGCCUGUGGAGGCCGGCACUCUGUGUUUCUUAUGCAUGAUGGCAGUGUGUACACAUGUGGCUCUAACAGCUGUGGACAGCUGGGCCAUGACAAAGCAGGCGCUUCCCCAGAUCUUGUUGCUGCUCUGGAUACCCAGAAGAUUAUGAUGGUGUCGUGCGGUUGGGCUCAUUCGAUGGCAGUGAAUGAGCAGGGUCAAGUGUUUGCCUGGGGAGCUGGUGAUGGGGGACAGCUUGGCCUGGGGACCGCAGAGGCGGCUGUUCGAAUCCCAAGAUUGCUCAAACGACUGUGUGACCAUCACAUCUCCCAAGUAAUGUGCGGGAAUCAGCACUGCAUCGCACUUUCUAGAGAUGGCCAGCUGUUCACAUGGGGCCAGAACACCAGCGGGCAACUGGGGUUGGGGAAAGGAGAGCCCAGCAAGCUGUUCCCUCAUCCUUUAAAGUCUCUAGCAGGAAUUCCUUUGGCACAGAUAACUGCAGGAGGAGACCACAGUUUUGCCCUCUCAUUGUCUGGAGCUGUAUUUGGCUGGGGCAAAAACAGAGCUGGACAACUCGGCCUUAAUGAUAAACAAGAUCGUGCCGUCCCAUGCCACAUCAAAUUUUUGAGAUCUCAAAAAGUUGUUUACAUCAGCUGUGGAGAUGAACAUACAGCAGCCCUGACAAAGGAUGGUGGCUUGUUUACGUUUGGUGAUGGCUCGUGGGGUCAGCUGGGUCAUGGCUCCACCAAUAGUGAACUUUUACCUAGGCGAGUGCUGGAGCUCAUGGGUACUGAGGUGUCCCAAAUCACCUGUGGCAGGCACCACACGUUGGCGUUCGUGCCUUCCUCUGGCAUGGUAUAUGCGUUUGGUUGUAACAGCCAUGGCCAGCUGGGCACAGGAAUACUGGGAGAUGCCAGAAGCCCAUUUCCUGUCAAGGCCAGUUUCCUGACUGGAAAUUUCCAUAGAAGAGAAUCAAAACAGUAUACGGUGAUGAAAAUCAUCUGCGGCGGAGACCAUAGUUUCUUAUUGUAUUCCAAUGAGCAGAGCUCUGUCCCUCCAGAAGACUUCAGAGUGAUUAAUAUUAGCAAAAGCCUCUCACCAAUCAAUUAUGAAAGUUUAAAUUCGUGGAGGUUGAAACUGAUGUACAGCACAGACUCUAGCGCCACAAAUGACGUCAUAGUUCAGCUGUCUUCGACGGCGUGCUGGAAUGCCAGUUUCUUGGACCAAAGUGAUGAUAUUCAUUUCAAAACCAACCCAAAGAUCCCAGGCAUCGAUCUCAACUCUGUCAGAAUGCUGUUUGAGACUCUCAGCAAACCGGCCUUCUCUGAGCUUAUGGAGCAGGCCACCAAGAGUUUUGAGAGCCUGCUGAUCCCUCAGCUGCCGCGCUCCCCUCCUGAUGUCGAGGCCAUGAGGAUCUACCUCAUCUUGUCAGAGUAUCCGGCCCUGCAGGACUCCCAAAACUACGUCCGCCUCACGAUACCCCUAGCUAUGGCUAUUCUCCGGCUAGAUGCCAACCCCAGCAAAGUAUUGGACAACUGGUGGUGUUUUGUGGACGGCAGUGUGUUCACCAGAAUGGUCGACAUGUACAAGAGCAUUGUUGUCUUUAUGCUAACAGGAGGCAAGACGCUGCUCGUACCCAUGUUCUAUGAGAACUAUUUUCUUGCCACUCUUAGACUGCUGGAGAAGCUCCACAAGGUAAACUUAAAGGCACAACAUGUGGAGUACAACCGCUUUUAUAUCCCUGACAUCACCAGCCUUGUGGACAUCCAGGAAGACUACCUCAAAUGGUUUCUGAAUAAAGCUGAGAUUAAAAUGGGAUCAUCCCCUUCACAGAGUGACUUUCCCUCAGUGAACCUAUGUGCCUACCCGUUCAUACUGAACGCAAAAGCCAAGACAACCAUGCUGCAAACCGAUGCUGAACUGCAAAUGCAGAUGGCAGUAAGCGGUGCAAAUCUACACAAUGUCUUUAUGCUGCUCACACUGGAACCCCAUCUCGCUAGGAACCCUUACUUGGUGCUCCAUGUGCGCAGGAGCCAUUUAGUAAGCGACACACUACGUGAGCUCACCAUGUACUCUGAUGUGGACCUCAAGAAACCACUCAAAGUGAUCUUUGAUGGAGAGGAGGCCAUAGACGCAGGCGGCGUAACUAAAGAGUUCUUCCUGCUGCUGUUGAAGGAGCUGAUGGAUCCUGUGUAUGGGAUGUUCACUCAUUACAAAGAGUCCAACCUGCUCUGGUUUUCAGAUAAAUGUUUUGUAGAGCAGAACUGGUUUCACCUGAUCGGGAUCAUCUGCGGUCUGGCCAUCUAUAAUGCUACAGUGGUGGACCUCCACUUCCCCCUGGCUCUUUACAAGAAGCUGCUUGAGGUAUCACCCACACUGGAGGACUUCAAAGAGCUCUCACCCACUGAAGCCAGAAGUUUACAACAACUUUUAGACUAUGAAGGAAGUGAUGUGGAGGAGACAUUUCUUCUCAACUUUGCUAUCACCAGGGAGAACUAUGGGAUGACAGAAGUGAAGGAGCUGAUUCCUGGAGGAGAGAGCGUCACUGUGGACACAACCAACAGGAAGGAGUUUGUGGAGGCCUACCUGCGCUACGUGUUCUCAGACUCUGUGGGCGAGCAGUACUCUGCUUUCUCCUCCGGCUUCCUGAAGGUGUGUGGUGGUGAGAUUCUGUCUCUGUUCCAGCCCUCCGAGCUGAUGGCCAUGGUGGUCGGCAACAACAACUACAACUGGGAGGAGAUGGAGAAGAAUGCUGUUUAUAAAGGGGAGUACACCCCCACUCAUCCAACAGUCAGAUUGUUCUGGGAGGUUUUCCAUGAGUUCCCUCUGGAAAAGAAGAAGCAGUUCUUGUUGUUCCUGACUGGUAGCGACCGCAUUCCCAUCCACGGCAUGGAGAGCCUGCGUAUCAUCAUCCAGUCUACCACAGCAGAGGAGCACUACCUGCCAGUGGCCCACACCUGCUACAACCUGCUGGACAUGCCCCGCUACCAGACCAAAGAGAUCCUGCGCCGCCGCCUCACUCAGGCCGUGGAGCAGUACGAGGGCUUCAGCCUGGUCUGAGGUGACCCCUGAGGAGACUUAACGCACUUUAACAGCAAUACACCCCCAUGUGAGUGUAAAUGGGCAAUUUUGGGGCAUGGGAGGGUCACUCUGUUUAUAUAUGGUCAAACAAGAUUGUUUAGCAUCUUGAAUCUUAAAGGUCUAUGUAUGCAUAUGCAGAGUAUUAUUGCUUUUAUUGCUUUGGGCAAAGUUCCUCAGCCUUCCAGGACCAUUUGGAGGAGAUUUGAAUGGCUGAUACACAAAAACCAACACGGAAAUUAACCAAAAAUAGCACAUGGACUAAAAUGUGCAAAAUGACCCCGGGAUUAUGAAAACUUUGGGACCUAAAACCAGGGCCGGAGAAGGUUGAGAAACUCAGGCUUUUGGAUGUUGGCAUUGUUUUAAUUUAUUUUUUUUUGUUUGCAAAGCUGUGUAUUUUAUAUUCCUUAAAUUCUAUUUUUCACCAUUAAAGAGUUAUGUUAUUACCUUGAGACAAUAUAUUGCUUUUUGUUACUUUUAAUUUAUUAAAUAGAGUGGUUAUUUUUGACAAAAUUAACAUGUAUAUAUGUAUGUAAAUAGCACUUUGAAUAUAAUCUUCACCCGUGAGAUUGGGAGGAGUGUUAGUCCCGCUGAUCCUUUUAAAUCUGGCACCAGCAUGUCCUCUCUGCCUGAUUUGGAAAGAGGACAAACGAGUCUGGCAGAUAGAAGGGUGCAGAGUGAAACGUGCUGAAUAUUGUUUGCAAUCCUUCGUUCUGUUUUAGCUGUGGAUCACAGAGCAGCUGAUUUUGUUCUUGAACCUGCAUUCAACAGUGUUGCCUUCUACAGCAAAACCUACUGUACGGACACAAAGUGGAUUUUUAGUGGAUGUUGUCUGUGUGCAUGUUCCC